AUGGGGCCUGCUCCACCUCUGCCUGUACCGGCCCCGCGACCCCCCUGCGUGUUACCUGCCGCCUUCCUGCUGUUCUCGCGCCAGGAGCACAUUGCCCGCAUAUCGACCGAGUACAGCGAGGGUGCAUCUACUGGACUAACCAGAAGACCAAGUGCAUCUUCCGGCUCCUAUGUGCAACGGGACAUUGAGCGGGUGCACAAGACGACGGGCGAGAACCGCAGCCUCGUCCAUUCGGGCAUGACGUACAUCACUUCGCAAACGGACCGUGAUAAAGGUAGAUGUAAACAGUUCUACGAAAACUACGGACAGCAAACAAUGUCACGCUCUUGUCUUGUCGCGUGUUACCUACUCCUGGCCCUUGGCCUACGCCAGGCAUGUGCGAUGGCUGCAGAUCCAAAUGGUCGUGUUGUGGGAGGUGUGGCGGCAGCCGCAAAUAGUGCUCCCUACGCCGUGUCCAUGCAGUACCAAGGAACUCACUAUUGUGCCGCCAGCAUCCUGAAUACCAACUGGCUGGUGACGGCCGCCCAUUGCCUGACGAACAGCGCUCAAGUGCUGGGAAGCACUUUAGUCGCAGGAAGCAUUGCAGUGGCGGGAACGGCGAGUACAACCCAAAAGCGCACCAUUACCUACUUCGUAGUCAACGAUUUGUACACCGGAGGGACUGUGCCCUACGACAUUGGUUUGAUUUACACUCCGACAGCGUUUAAGUGGUCAGCUGCAGUGGCUCCUGUUAGCCUUCCCGCAUCUGGCAAGGUGCCAACGGGUACCGCCAGCCUAUAUGGCUGGGGAAGCACCAGUACAACCAAUACGGCUUCAUAUCCCUCAACACUCCAAGUAGCCAAUAAUCUGCCAAUCAUCAGUUUGGCCUCGUGUGAAGCUGCUUUGGGCACUAAAGGAAGCGAUGUUCAUUCAACGAAUCUAUGCACUGGUCCACUUACUGGCGGCGUCAGCAUCUGCACCUCGGACUCUGGAGGUCCUUUGGUCCAAGGCAAUGUCCUUAUUGGUAUAGUUUCCUGGGGCAAGCUGCCCUGCGGCCAGGCCAACUCUCCGUCAGUUUAUGUGCAAGUCUCUUCGUUUAUAUCCUGGAUAUCGACCAAUCAAGUGGCACCAAGCUAAGUUUGCUUAGUCUGAAAUAAGCAGGAGUUUUCAUAUUAAUAAAAUCAAAGCAAUACAGCAUUUAAUCUA